AUGCCUAGGAAGGCGUUUUUACACGACCUACGCGAGGCUUGUAGGCCCGGGUUGUUCUCGGCUUUGGUGGACGUGAAGCCUGGCGAGGAUGAUGGCACCUUAUCCUGCUCCUUGAUCCUCGAUGAAGACCCCGAGCAGUCAGUGGACCUUGAGUUCAUGGUCACAGACAUCUCACUUUACCCCAAGGAACAUGAAUUUUUUAUCUACACUACCUCCGAGGAUGUUCCUCAGUACGUCACCGAUGUACUGGGGCAAGCUCAGCAGGCCGUCAGCCGUCUGGAAAUUCCAGACAUGUUGUCGCAACUUAGCUAUGCAUUCCAGAACAAGAAGGGACCGGAAGCUGAUGAUCAGGGUGACUCCUUUGCUGAUGACUUUGUUCUAAACGACGGUGAGGAUGCGGCUUACUCCGAGACAGAGGACGCUAUUCCGGAUCUAAAUGAGGAAGAAUAUCACUGGUCCCCCGUUCCACAGCAGAGGGAUACCCAACUAACUCGCUCAGCCAUGGUCACAGAUGGAGGACAAGAGUUUGACGAACUGCUAUGCAAGAUAUCAGAAGACUUGAAAACAACAAAACUGGCCGGCUUCCGCGUUGGAUAUAUUGGGAACAAGUUAUGCCCCAUUGUUUCUGUUUCAUGUCGCAUCUCUAAACUUGGAAUAUCAGAAGACGCGAUGAAAGCAUGGCACAUCAAGGAGACGCAGUAUUUGGUUUGCCUCAUUCGGUAUAUCGGAAAGUAUCAGUCCCUAGAGCAGCUACUCUUUGAGGACGAGCAAAUCGGAAAAUCUUCAGUUGAGGUACGAGUUGGUAUCUGCAACGUGUAUAAGCCCUCAUUGAGAUCUACAUUCCAAAUGUUUGACCAAGCUGGCCAAGACGCGAAGCCCUGCAUUUCUACAAAUAGGAUUGGUUUAUCCGACAAUGACGAUGUUGUAUACUCUUUCAUCAGCGGGCCUCUCAAUGCCUUGUUAAAUGAAAGAUUCAUAAAGAUACUUCGCUAUAGACACACUUUCGGCCACUCUUGGUCUGGAGCGGAGCGGUUUUUCAACGAAUGCCAGGGUAAACCCGUCGGCAGCUCGGAUCCAAUAUCUCAUAUCUACCAGGAGCCAGAUAUUUCAGAAGAAAAGGCCGCCGCUCUUCCUAGUUCUUUAUCAUCAGACCAUCUUCUGGAGAAGGACGGUUUAGGAGCUUCCUUUCCGCUAAUCACGAUGCAGUUCAUACUUCGUCAUUUUGUAAGAUGCACGGAGUUCUGUCUCGUCUGCCAUUGCAAAACAGACUAUAAUUUCGAGGCCCUCAAACCCUAUGUUUGCUCCAAGAGCUUGUGCCUCUUCCAAUAUAUGACUCUAGGAUUCGGGCCUAGCUUGGAGUGGGAGAUUAUGACGCAGCCCUAUGUGGUUGACUUGCUCAUCAGCUUUACUUAUUCCAGCGCUGUUCGACAUCGCCUCGCCGAUCCGCCUACAGGGCUUGGGAUUAUGGUUCCAGGUGGCAUGCUAGAUCCAAUGUACAAAAAUCUUUGCAGUGACACUGCGGAAUCUACUACUGAUCCUCACCGCGAAAUACGCUUUGAGGCAACUUUUGAUGAAUCAAUAAUGACAAUGAAUUUUGCUGCUCGCCUCCCAGAUCGUCGAGUGUGCGUGGGUGACUGGCUAGUCAUUACCGAUGAGGAUCGUCACCUCCAUUGCCGUGUCACUAACACGAGCAUGUGGCCUUCAGUGGACCUUUCGGAACCUAUUGAGGUGUUGAAGCUUCCAGGGAAUAAACCAACAUCAACUACAAAAACGGUUAAGGCUGCUUGGUAUGGGCAGAACAUCGACGACCUCAGCCCAAAGGUACAACAUCAUAUGAUAGUGUCUCUCCUUGAUACCCUUCCAACAGUAGUUGAAAUGAAGCAGUACCUGGCCGAAAACUCUAGGGGCUCGCAGCCUACACUUUCACAAUGGAAAGAUAGGAUUUCAAAAUCUGCCCUCGACCUGUUACGAUGGAUAGUUGCAUCGAACCGUUCAUGCAUCAUCCAAGAUGACCCGGAUCCGAUUGAAAACGGCAGCGGCACUGCCAAGGUCAAUGAUGACCGCGUCGGCGGAGUUCCUGGUUAUAUGCAGUUUCGCUUUGCGCAGGGAGCUCCAGAUAAGGAAGAACGUUUUUCUAAAGCUGUCAUGGCUAAGAAGGAAAGUCUUAAACAGUCUCAUGCUACCAUUUUUGCAUGGCAUGGUAGUCAAAUCUCAAACUGGCACGGUAUUCUACGCGAAGGAUUGCACUUCAAGGAGAUUUUGCAUGGGCGAGCAUUUGGCCAUGGUGUCUACAUGAGCACAGAUUUUGCUACUUCUGUGUCCUACAUUAAUUCUGCUUUACAUUGGAACACUGGGACUGGCGAAACAUGGCCCAACAGCAAGUUGGGAGUUACCGGCGCAAUAUCAUUAAACGAGGUGGUUAAUUCUCCUAGUGAGUUUGUCAGUGCCUCACCGCACCUUGUUGUAUCUCAGCUGGAUUGGAUUCAAACGAGAUAUCUAUUUGUUCGAUGCUCCUUAAACAAGGAAAUUGGCAUCGGUACACCACCAAAGUCAAUUCCGUAUUAUCACCAAGAUCCGAGAUACACUGCCCAUGGCCCAAACUAUAAGGCAAUCACAAUUCCUUUGUCUGUGUUCAGCCAGAAGCGACGCCUUGCCCUGGGUAUAACAGCUAUUCAUCAUCAUCCCCCGACAAAACCUCCUGCUACAUUCCCUGCAAAACAAGAUAACGCUGUUGCAACUUCGUCAAUCGGGAAGACUAUGUCAAUCUCUAAUUUGCUAAAACCCCAUGAUCCCGCUGUCCAACUACAAGCCACCAUUUCUAGCUUGAUGAACAGCAUGCAGUCGAGAAUAUCCCCAGAUUGUUACACGGACGAUACUCCUUCCCAGCAGGCCCUUGCUCCAUUAUCAUCAGACGAUACUAAUCCCGUGGAAGCCGACGGGUACCUCAGCGACAAAACAGAUAUUGAUGAUCUCGAUAUCUUUCUAGAGGCCGAUAGGAUUAAAGACAAACGAGCCGAUAACAAUACAUCGCAACAGCCCCCUGAAGAAAGCAGCGCUCAAAUUAGCAACAAGCCCCAGAAUGAAACAGAUUUCAUCCCAGGAACCCUCAAUCCAGCGACCCUCCCUAUGAUAGCAGCUCCGGACAACGCGACACCCUCGGCUACGGCAUCUCUUCAACGUGACCUACGAGUAGCCCUUCGUACCCAAGACAACGAACCGCCCGCUGAACUGGGCUGGUAUAUUGACCCCAAUCUAGUCAGCAAUGUCUACCAAUGGAUUGUGGAACUACACUCUUUCGACCCUUCGCUCCCCUUGUCUGAGGAUAUGACAAAGGCAGGGAUCAAAUCUGUUGUCCUCGAAAUUCGAUUCCCCCAGCAAUAUCCGAUGUCGCCACCGUUCGUUCGGGUUAUUCGCCCUCGAUUCUUGGGAUUUCAACAAGGUGGAGGUGGCCAUGUUACUGCUGGAGGCGCACUUUGCAUGGAACUACUAACAAACUCCGGCUGGUCCGCCGUUUCUAGUAUCGAGAGUGUUUUAUUGCAGGUUCGCCUGGCGAUUUCUAGUACAGAGCCUCGACCAGCAAGACUGGUGCCUGGCCAAGAUGCACGGAAGGGCUAUGUUUUGGAUUAUGGUGUUACUGAGGCUGUUGAAGCAUUCAUUAGGGCCUGUAAGAUGCAUGGCUGGCAGGUACCCCCAGAUUUCCAGCGAGAUUCCAAGGACGGAUCAGCUGCCGAUACGUUACUCUAUAAAAAUUGA